CAGCACAACUACACCGGCGUCGCUCUGCGUCCAUAUGGUCGAUGCCGGCUUGUUAUUCUGUGAGCUGAUUGGCCAGUCGGUUGGCUGCUGCACAGCAGGAGGCGUCACAACGAACCGUCACCGCUGCAGCAUCCUCCGGUAACCAGGGGGCGGUGUCUCGCGGUUGCUAGGGAACCCUGGUAAGAAGGGAUCGACGCCUGAUUGAGUCGUGAUGUAAAUGCUCGUGGCUGCCAUCGGAUUAAAGUGCAGGUCCGCACUCGUGGCUUGAGCUGCGGAGCUCUUUGUUCAGAUCAGUUUAUAAUUCGGAGCGAACCGAGCAAAGGCGUCACCGUCGCCGAGUCUUCUGGUGAAUUUCCUGGUUUAGAAUUAAUUAUUUUCCGCCCAGCUCUGGCUUGAGAACAGGUCGUGUGUUGCAACAGGUCGUAGAUAAACACCAGGACACUGCGUUCAGACGGGAGAACCGGAGCUCGCUCGAGUGUGGAUGUAACGUCGAAGUGGAACCGUCAACAUGAUGCCGAUGUUCCUGACAGUGUACCUGAGCAGCAGCGAGCAGCACGUCGCUGAGGUCCCCGUUACCCCGGAGACGCUGUGUCGGGACGUCCUGGAGAUCUGCAGAGAGCCAGGGGAGAGCCAGUGCUACCUGGCCGAGCUGUGGAGGGACACGGAGCGUGUGGUGUCGGACUGUGAGCGGAUGCAGGACGUGUUGCAGCGCUGGGGACAGCAGGGAGAGGAGCUACGCUACAUCCUGAGGCACCAGCCACCUCCAGUCAGGCCAACCGCUGAUGACCAGAGGUUUGCCAAGACGUUGUUCUCAGAGAACUCGGUUUCCUGGACUCUAGCUGACCUACAGGACAUGGCGACGCGACAACAAGAACAGAUCCAUGUUACACAGCAACUACUGGUCUCCAAGGAGCAGAGGCUGCGCUCCCUGAGGCAGCAGGAGCUGCAGGAGGUGCAGAGGUCGGAUCAGGAGCGCCUCCUCCAGCUGAGGGAGAACGCCCUGACCCAGGAGACCAAGCUGAGGAGGGUCCGGGCCGUCCGCACCCAGGUGGAGCAGAAACGCCUCAGCAACAGCAAGCUAGUGGAGGAGGUGGAGCAGAUGUCGGGGCUGUUCCAGCAGAAGCAGCGGGAGCUGCUGGCUGCCGUGGCGAGGGUGGAGGAGCUCAACCAACAGCUGCAGAGCCUGAGGAGCAGGGCGGAGCCGUCCCCCCAAAGCCCCGCCCACGCCACCCAGCUGGACCUGCUGUAUAAGGAGCUACAGUUGCGCAGCAGGCUGAACCAGGAGCAGGGGGCGCGGCUCCAGCAGCACCGGGACACCCUGACGCGGCGCAACACGGAGGUGGGCGUGAUGGAGCGCCGUGUGGCCGAGCUGCGGCAGCGGCUCUGGAAGAAGAAGGCAGCGCUGAACACCAAGGAGAGCCCGCCGGUGUUGGACUGCCAGCCCCCCCAGCCCAGUGCUCCCUCCAGGGUGGCGGCCGUGGGGCCAUACAUCCAGUCCUGUGGCCCCCAGGGGCCCCCCGUACCCCAACGACAGGAGGUACUGGGGAAGACAUCGUACCCGGAGGGUUACUCACCUGAUCCAGCUCUGAUACCCCCACCCCUACCCGCCAAGCCCUCCUCAGGUUUCCAGACCGCACACUCCUCCACCCUCCCCCGCAUGUCCGCCCAGCACCGCCACGACACAGAUGACUUUGAUGUCCCGCCCCCUGUUCCAUCUCGGACCACCGCAGACUCGCAGUUGAAGACGGCCCCCCCGGUGCCCAGUAAACCCAGACUCUUCACCCCGACCCCGACCCCCUACAGCCCCGGGACCGGCGCAGGCAGAACCCGGGGCCCGGCCAGCCAGUGCCACACCCUGCCCCUCCCCCACAAGCAGGACAAGACGCCGGCCGCGGCCGUGCGACCUUUCACCCCUGACCCGCCUCCAGCCAUGCCCCCGCUGCUGCAGAAGCCCAAGACGGUGGCAACGUCGUCCAUCUACUCCAUGUACACGACCCACGCCUCGCACGCCAAGGCGGGGGGCGGGACCCUGCCCCGCGGCCCGGCCAGAGUGUACGGGAAGCCCCUCCUCCCGGCCAGCGGGGGGCAGCAGUCAGACAGCGGCGUCCAUUUUGGAUCGUGUCUAUCCGACGGCGAGGAACCGGAGCUGCUGGGCGGAGCCUGCCCCUUCUCCACCUCCACCUCCUCCUCGACCGCCUCCACCUCCGUCACCCCCGCCGGCGAGGCUCCGGAGCCGGCGGAGCGCACCGCCCCCCGGCCCCUCAGCCCCACCAAGCUCCUCCCCUUCCUGUCCCAGCACCCCCACCGUAACCCUAGCGACGCCGACCUGGACGCGCUGCGGCGGCGGCUGCGCCUCGCCCCGCGGCCGCUGAAGAAGCGCUCCUCCAUCACGGAGCCCGAGGGCCCCGGGGGGCCCAACAUCCAGAAGCUGCUCUACCAGAAGACCACCCUGGCCGCCAUGGAGACCGUGGAGCCGGUCUCCGCGGGGACCGCCUCGCGCGACGGCCUCCGCCCGGUGGGGGCGGAGAGCGAGGAGCGGCGAGGCGAGGGCCCGCCUCCUCUGCCCCCCCGCUCCCCCCUCCCUGACUCCUCCUCCUCCUCUCACGCCCUGCCGCCCCCCCUGGAGGAGGACGAGGGGGGAGAGGGGAGGGCACCCCCCACCCAGGACGAGUUCCCUCCCUACCCCCCGCCCCCUUACACCUGCAGGGGUCAGAAGAAGGAGGAGGAGCCUGAGGUCACCGCAGAGGCCACCCCGCCCCCGGGUAAGAGGUCCAACCUGCGGCAGGCGGGUUCUGAACGGACCAACCACGGGAUGAGGGUCCGCUUCAACCCGCUGGCCCUGCUGCUGGACUCCUCCCUGGAGGGGGAGUACGACCUGGUCCAGAGGGUCAUCUACGACGUGGAGGACCCCAGCCUCCCUAACGAUGAGGGCAUCACGGCGCUGCACAACGCCGUGUGCGCCGGACACGUGGAGAUCGUCAAGUUCCUCGUCCAGUUCGGAGUCAACGUCAACGCCGCCGACAGCGACGGGUGGACCCCGCUCCACUGCGCGGCCUCCUGUAACAACGUGCAGGUGUGUAAGUUCCUGGUGGAGUCGGGCGCCGCCGUGUUCGCCACCACCUCCAGCGACCAGCAGACCGCCGCCGACAAGUGUGAGGAGCUGGAGGACGGAUACGCCCAGUGCUCCCAGUUCCUCUACGGGGUCCAGGAGAAGAUGGGGGUGAUGAACCGGGGCGCGGUGUACCCCCUCUGGGACUACGAGGCGCAGCAGGAGGACGAGCUCAGCCUGCAGGAGGGCGACGGGCUGCUGGUGCUGAGCAGGGAGGAGGGCUGGUGGUGGGCACGCAGCGGGGGCCGCCAGGGCUACGUGGCCCGCAACCUGCUGGGGCUCUAUGCGAGGAUUAAGCCCCGCCAGAGGACCUUGGCUUAACUCACCUGGUCUUCCUGGUCCAGCCUGGUGUCACCUAGACCAGCCUGGUCCCACCAGGUCUAACUGUCCUCACCUGGUCUGACUGGGCCCUGUGUUGGAUCCAACUGAACAAGCAGUGUGGCCUCACUGUAGCACUGAUAAAAGCACAACAACCAUCCUAAAGACUUUAACCUUAAAAGCACAUUUCCUGUAGAGCAGACAGUGACAGAACAAUCAACCAUCUCAAAGACUUUUACCUUGAAAGCAGAUUUCCUGUUGAGCAGGAAACCGUGAAACAGAAAAGUCCACUACUUAAUUAGUUUCCAAACAGACAAAAAGCCGUAGGGUCCCCUCAUACACUGCUGCCUGCUAUUGGUCCAUAGACCACAUGAUUGACUGCUAUUGGUUCACAAGACCACGUGAUUGACUGCUAUUGGUUCACAAGACCCAGUGAUCCUCCUCUUUCCUAGUCUCCGUUUGGGCGCCCACCAGGGUUUGGUUUGAGCUAGAUCGGGCCGUUCCAUCAGAGGAGGGGAGAGGGGUGGAAACCAGAGCAGGUCCGUGUGUUUCUUACCUCUCAGUGAAUGUAGAAUGCAGGCAAAAUAUUAGUGCAGUGAUUUGCUUCCAUACACGCAUGGGUUAGCCAACAGCACCCAAAAUAUACACAUUGGACCAAUCAGUGCCUGAAGAGCUGAGCCCACCUAUCAGAGAGGGCCGCCUCGGUGGAAUGUAUUCUGGUCCUGCUGACUCCGCCCACCUGUGCCCUGGAGGCGGAGUCCGGUUCUGUAUGAUAAGGCCGCGUCCCACGUGUCCUUCACUUGCUCCCUCAGUCCCUACUCCCUAGGUGGUGAACACUUUGUAGGCCACUAUUUAGGAAACAAGGAUAGGAGGGUUUAUGCUCUGGGAAUCCAUUUGCGUCCUGUGUAUUGGUCGCAUAAACAGAGCGACAGUGAUGUGGCGUAAAUGGCAUAAAUAAUUCAUAAAUACAGAAAAAAAUGCUAUGCAUCAUGGGAUAUCAUGGGCAUCAAAUAAAUAGUAUUAUUUUUAUACAGUGCAUUGUGGGUUUAAGGAGGGCACUAUUGGGAACAAAAUAUGUGCUUCUAAAUGUCAGACAACACUACACAAUGGUGGCACUCUAAAUAGUGCACUAAUAGUCGACAAAUUCGAAAACAGCCCUAGUUCCUCUUUAAUCUGUACUCCGAUUGGACGAUAGUUUGUCUUUAUUCUUUACUUUGAUGUUUUUAACUGUCGCUGAUCCUGGCUGCCUGUGAUUGCUCUACUGUGAACUUUUGACCUUCUGUAUGCGACCUCUGACCUGCUAUAUGUGUGGCUCUGAACAUGAAUGUUGAAUUUCCCUCCUUAAUCAAAGCACAUGCUAACAUCACUGUUAGCACGCAACCAGCUAGCUGUAGCUGAACAGUCUGUACAGCGCCGGCGGGCAGAAAGCUGAUAUUAAAAGAAAGUGGUGCGC